UAAUUGUAGACAGAGAGUUUUACUAAAGAUACAGAUCUGUGGUAGUGCACAGUCUAUGUACUUUCUAAGACCUUCGUGACAUGACAUCAUUUGUACAAAAACCUCUGACUCAUGAAUAGCUCAGCAGAGUUAGAUAACGUUUGCUAUAGCUGUACUUCUUACAAACUAAAUAGCGAAUUAUUUCUAGCUAAUUAUUUGUGGCUCUUUCAAAACAAGUUUUUAACGAAGACGUGAUACCCUGACUACCAUAUGGAAAUGUCUCCUGUGCAGCCUACAUAAGGAUGAUGAAGAAUCACGAAGAAGAUGAGUUUGUUGCAGUGCGCGUCCAAGACCCUCGGGUUCAGAAUGAAGGCUCUUGGAACUCGUACGUGGACUUCAAGAUAUUCCUUCACACCAACAGCAAGUCCUUUACUGCCAAGACGUCCUGUGUGCGCCGGCGCUACAGUGAGUUUGUCUGGCUCAAGAAGAGGAUGCAGAAAAACACUGGCUUGGUACCUGUCCCAGACCUGCCCAACAAGUCCUUCUUCUCCUUCAGUGGUGAGGACUUCCUGGAGAAGAGGAGGAAAGGCCUGCAGUCUUUCCUGGACAAAGUGUGCAGCAUGACAGUGUGUCUGUCAGACAGCCAGCUCCACCUCUUCCUGCAAACCCAACUGCCGGUUGGUCACAUCCUAGACUGUGUGCAGGGCCACACCCCCUACACUGUGACAGAGGCCAUCCUCACCUAUGCCUCGUCCAAUCAGGGCUGGGUUCAGGAAGAGGACUCGACCCAGGAGCCUAGUCUCACUCCAGUUUCUUAUGAGUCCAUGGAGAGCCCUGCUCCUCAUCUACCUACCCUGCAAUGUCAAAAGCCCCUGAGCCCUGUGAACCUCGCCUCCAGUGAGCCAGAGGGCCUACGGACUGAGAAGUUCCUAUCUAACGCCGAAGACAUAGACACUGUGGAAACCCCAGAGGUCACCCAGGAGGACCGCAAUGUAGUCCAGGCAGAGGCCAUCCUGGAGAUACAAAGCCCAGUGGAGACUAUCUUUAAGUGGGACAGCCAUGAAGAAUCUACUCCAGAGAGGCUCGACCAUGAGGCGAUGAUCCACCACCAAGGGGAUUGUCAACUGCAGACACCUGUGGAAGUGCACUGUGAAAAGGACACAGGCUUGGAGGAGGAGUGUGUAGUGGAGGUGACGACUGAGAGGGUCAUUGAGGAGGUGAGCCAUGCUGACAUAACUACAGAGACAAUCCCUCCCAAACAGAGUAGCCUAGACCCAGAUAGCCACGAGGAACUGAUCCACCAAGGGGAAUGUAAACAGCGGACACCUGAGGAAGAGGCCACAGGCCUGGGGAAGGAGUGUGUAUCAGAAGAGGCCAAUACUGACACGACUACAGAGACAAUCCCUCCCACACAGUGUAGCCCAGAGCUAGACAUCCAUGAGGAAACUCCUCGAGAUGGAGAUAGCCUAAGGGAGACAGUUCUAGAGGACCUUAGCCUUGCGGAGGAAGCUCAAGAAAGCCUCAGUCAUGAGAAGACAACCUCGGAAGGGGACAGCAACAAAGACACAGUAACAGCCAUUGAGCUGGGCAGCCAAGGGCACGUGGAUGAGAUUAAAUCCCAUAUAGAGAUCAGCCUAGAGGAAGAGUGUCAUGAGAUCACAUCAGAAGAGGUGGAACGUGUUGAUGACUCAACCCAAAAGGUAGAAAGUGGAGAUGAGACACCCCAGAAGAAGAAGGCUCCCUUGGACAUUCAACAAGUAGAUGAUCAGCUGGACACAACCCAAGAGGUUGAGAUUGAUGAGGAAAUGAAUGGAAAGGAUGGGGAGAGUCUUGGGGAUGGGACAACAACAUCCGAUGGGAGUAGCCAUAAGGAGAGCGACAACCAGGAUUCUGCCAAUAACGACAAUGCGAUACAAGAGACGAAUGGCUACAUGGAGACAGCUCCCGAGAAGGAAAAUCACCAAACAGACUGCACAGAGGCAGAAAAAGCCUGCAACAACCCAGACACUGUAAUUCCCGAAACUAACCGAGGUCCCACACAUGAUGAAAUCACACCUGAGGUACCCAAUGCUCAGGGGACCAAUGGUGUCAAAGUUCGAGAGGACAGGGAUAUUUUGUACAUGGUCAACAGUUGCUCUGCGAAAACCCUAGACAAUGAAUCUUCAGAGCUAGUGGGUGAUGGAGUUGAGAUAAAGGACGUGAGAAUCCAAGAGAGCAGUCAUCUGGAGUCUGAGGGCUACUGUACGGAGCAGGACAUCUCAUUAGCCCAGGAGGGUCAUACUGAGGCCUCAGAAGUGAGCCAGGAAUGGGAAGCCCAUGGCUUCACUGCUGCUACAAACCAGACUGUGAGCCCAGAGAUGGAGCCCUAGAUAUUAGGCUGCUGCAUGCACUCUGAACCUGAACAAUGGAUAGUGGGAUGUCUUCUGCCAAAGAAAUAACCAGUCUCUCACUCACCCUGCACGCCUAUUCUCACACUCCAGCUGAGCUCUGCUUUGCUUGCGUUGAUGAACUUCCACUGUUGGGCAGCAGAGAGUGCUCAAAGUCACAGUAAUACCUGAGUCUAUGGGUGAGAACCUCCCCAAGCUGACAAGCCCAGUGUAUCACGCUUCGUAUUUGAUCAUUGACUCUCAAGUCUGGCACUUUCAUGUGUUCCUCUGUAUACCCUGUGAACUUGGGCCUAUAAGGGUAUUAGUCCAUUUUACUCAACCGGCUGUAGUGCCCCAAUGGCAUUAAUGUGACAAUUAUUUUGUCCGUUAAUCCACAUGCCUUAACGCUGUAUGCUUGACUAUGGGGGGCGAACGUGUCCCAACCUGCCCCAAGUCCCUCUGAUGCAUGUGCCCGUCUGAACACCUGCCUUGAUGAAGCAAAACUUCCUUCAACUGAACAGCAGCAAAACCGAGGCCCUGCUUGUUGGCACCCACUAUCAGGUCCAGCACUCACCAAUAACACCCCUCACCAUAGCAGGACAGAACACGCCUCUCUCCCCCUGAGUUUCCAGUCUGGGUGUAAAGCUUGAUUCCUCCCUGACCUUUGACAACCACAUCAAACAACCGCGUAAAGCGUCAUUCUAUCUCCUCAAGGCUGGACUACCUCAACACACUCUUCAUCGGGAACCCAGGCAGGAGUCUCCAGAAGCUCCAGUACAUCCAGAACAGAGUUUCCAGGAUCGAAAACGCCAUCACAUCAACCCCAUCCCGGCAUCUCUGCACUGGCUCCCCGUCUCAUUACGGAUUGAAUACAAAACCCUCCUGCGGACAUUCCAGUCAGUGUGUUCAUGGCAAUGCCCCUCCUUAUCUAAAAUAACUACUCUCCCUCCAUAGCCUCACCUGCACCCUUAGGACAAGCGACUCCACGCACCCAGGACCAAGCUCAGCUCCUUGGGGGAUCAGACUUUCAGCUCGACCGCCCCCAGCCUCUGGAAUGCCCUCCCGGACCACCUGAAGGCACCACAGACUCUAGGCUCCUUUAAAAUGGGCCUAAAGACCUUUCUCUUUAGGAAGACUUUUAAAUCAAAUUUUUUUUGUCACAUGGUUCGUUAACAACAAGUGUAGACUAACAGUGAAAUGCUUACUUACGGGUCCUUUUCCAACAAUGCAAAGUUAGAUAAAGAAAGCUGGGCUUGUCCUUGUCCCUUGUAGCGUCAGCUGUGUUCUUUGUGUCAGUUGCCCGGUCUAGUUGUCCCAAAAAACGUUUUUAUAUUUGUUCUAAAAUUUAUUUGAUGCACUUUGAGAUUAUUCUGUAUAAUGAAAAGUGCUUUACAAAUGUAAUUUAUUAUUAUUGUGUGAUCCAUAACUGUCGCAGUUAAGUCGUGAUUAUGAAUUUGGAGUCCGUGAAAGUUUUGCAAGACACGACUUAUCUUGCAAUCAACUUUGACUGCGUUUAAUGAAUAACUUACAGCAAACAGUGUCAUCCUGCAUGCAUUCCCGUUGCUGUUGUGGGUGGUUUCUUGGUUCAACUUGAAUAAACAGGGAUGAGGGUCGUUCCACCUCAAAAAGCACAAGUAAGAGGAUUUCGACACCCACCAUCUCAGAUUGUGCCGUAAUCGUUUAUGUAGUUACAAACGGAUAAGAUUAGCGUUCCUGAAACAUUAUUUUGCUUAAAUAUAAUUUGAUAUCUGAGAAAUUAAAGGCCCAAUGCAGUCGUGUUUAUCUCGGUAUCAAAUAUUUUCUGGGUAACAAUUAAGUACCUUCCUGUGAUUUGUUUAUUUUUGAACAUUUUAAUUUUAAACAAAAAAGCUCCUUAGCAAAGAGACAUUUCUCAAGCAAGAAUUUGGAGAGUAGACCCAGUGGGGAGGGGAAAACUAGCUGUUAUUGGCAGAGAUGUUUGGAACUAUUUCUUAUUGGUCUAUUAACUUAAUUACCGCCUGGUGACGUCACCAAGCAGGCCAAAACUCCAUCCCAGGCAGAAAUUUCAGGUAGUCUUUUCAAACAGCUCUUACACUAAAAGGCCAUUAUCAUUUUCCGUCUUCUUCCAAAGUCAUAGUGUAUUAUUCUAACCUCAUAUAUUUCACUGCACUGGGACUCUAAUUGAUUGCACCCAAAUUGGCCAUUUUAAUUUAUUGGAUUUAUAUAUCAUCGUCAAUAAAUAUAGUACCUAACAUCCGAUUUGGACCAUAAUUCCUCCUAACAAUGAGUAAGACAUGAGGAAUCCAAUAAAAUGAUCACAAGCCUCCCACGGACCUAGCCUUGCAAAGCCGCCGGAUCCCGCAAGCUUACAUUUAAACGUUGUAUGGAUAUGUAUGUUCACUGUAAGCUUGAGGGAUCAGGACCCCCCCCCCCCCCCCACAACAAGUAAUGUUCCAAGCUGCUUGUCAGACAUAACUGAUACUGGUUGUUGGGGUGAGACUGGUGGCUUUUGACCACUUUAUUGGAUUCUUCCUGUCUUGCAUAAUGGUAGGAAGAAGUUUGGUUCAAAUUGGAUGUUGUACUAUAUUUGUUGAAUAUGAUGUGAAUCCUAAAAAUGUUAAGGGACAAUUUGGGUGCAAUCAAUUGGCUUACUUUGUCAGAGCAAACUACAUUUCAACAAAAUAAUGUUGCAGGAAUGCUAAUCUUAUCUGUUUUCUAAUUACAGAAACUAUUUCAGAACAAUCUGAGAUGGUGGGUGUCAUGGCUUGUCAUGUUAGCCAAUUGAGCCGAAGGCUGCAUGGACACUAGCUUUACUAGGCUGUCUGUUCUCGGGGCGGAGUUAGUUACAGUAUAGGUAUAGUAAACGGUACUCAACACUGGUAUCUUUGUAAAUUGUCAACAUGUUACACCAAUGCAGUCAUAGCUAACAUAUGCUUCACUGGGAUACUUCAUUAUUUUAUUUCAAGAUGAGCUGUUUGUAUUUUUCCAACACUGAGAAAAGGGACUAUUUAUGUUUUGUGUGGGUAGACAACUACAUUAGAUAUAAUUGGUCAUGAUACUUGUAGUGCAUUUGAAAUUAUGACAGGAUCACUGUUCUACCGGGUGUGUGAAACAUGAUGUGGGGUGGACUACUAGAGGAAGCAUAGAGUGCAGAUUUAACUAUAGCCAACCUUCUGUUAGACCACAUUGUCUGGUAACAUUUCUGGUAUCAUGCUUCCCUAGAUUCUUUCAUCUGGCUAUGUUUGUUCUCAUAUUCUGCAUUUUAACAGGUGCAUUAGUUAUUUUAAGUGGUAGAUGGUUCCCGGACACACGGUUUUAGAUUUUCAAUGUUAUGUAUUUUAGACACAUGGAUUUACAAGGGCAAUAUUAUACCAAUCCUCUAAAAUGACAACAACAACCUAGGAAAGCACCUGUUGACAAUGUUUUAUUUUUAAUAUCAUUUUAAUUGGAAAUAAAAUGAUAGUUCCCCCCCACCACCCAAACUUUGCAUCCAUGAGUCUAUUUUAAUGCAUGACAUUUGUCAGACUUGGACAGUCAAGCAAGUUCAUAUCUAACAGAAAAUAUAUUUUUACAAGCGCAACAAUCAAAACAAUGAUUUAAUAUUAUUCAUUAUCAUGUAUUCCAAUUUAAAUGAAACAAGAGUGGCGCAAUCCUGACCCCUUGUGGCUUACAUGUUUCAUGUCGGCAUCAAAAGAACAAGCACUUUUGCCUUCCUUCAGACACCAGGCUGUUGGAGGCACAAGUUGGUAUGCAUUACAGUGUAGUAGUACUCAAGACCGAUCUAGAGACCACAUAUUGAGUGUCUCGGGAUCUGAGACAUUUUUAAUCGGUCUCGGACAAUGAAUACUCGCUAUUUCUUCCCGAGACCAGCGGAGUAAACAAAAAUCAUACAGUAAUUAUCAGUCAGCUUAUAAUAUCGCUUCGCCAGGCCGAAUACAUUGCAUUCGUAAAAUAUUCAGGCCCCUUGACUUUUUCCACAUUUUGCUAUGUUACAGCUUUAUUCUAAAAUCGAUUUAAAUAUUUGUUUUUACACACAACCCAUAAUGACAAAGCAAAAACAGGUUUUUAGAAAUGGUUGCAAAUGUACUAAAUAGAAAAUGGAAAUAUCACAUUUACUUAGGUAUUCAGACCCUUUACUCAGUACAUUGUUGAAGCACCUUUGGCAGUGAUUACAGCCUUGAAUCUCUAGGAAUAGUCUUGGUGGUUUCAAACUUCUUUCAUUUAAGAAUGAUGGAAACCACUGUGUUCUUGGGGACCUUCAAUGCUGCAGAAAUGUUUUUGUACCCUUCUCAAGAUCUGUGCCUCGACACCAUCCUGUCUCACAAUCCAAUUCGACCUCAUGGCUUGGUUUUUGUGCUGACAUUCUCUGUCAACUGUUGGACCUUAUAGAGACGGGUGUAUACCUUUCCAAAUCAUAUCCAACCAAUCUAAUUUACUACAGGUGCACUCCAAGUUGUAGAAACAUCUCAAGGAUAAUCAAUGGAAACAGAUUGCACCUGAGCUCAAUUUCGAGUCUCAUAGCAAUGGGUCUGAAUACGUAUGUAAACUAGUACAUCAUAAAUUAUAAACCUACAAUAGUCUACACCAUCUCAAUUUUAAUCUCAAAGUGCGGUUGGCAAGUAUCAUUUACAAUAGAUACAACAAACAAAGUACUGUUAGGCAACCUUAUGACUAAAUGCAAAUGGAAAAUAAAAAAUAAAUAAAUGCGUUGAACAAAAAGUAUGAAUGCUCUAAGUACAUUUUGCACGAUGAAAAUACAUUUCCAUAUUAUUUUUUAAUUAGGGUUAGGGCCGAGUGUCUGCAGAUUUUUGCUCCACCCUUGUACUUGAUUGAUGAAUUAAGGUCACUAAUUAGUAAGGAACUCCCCUCACCUGGUUGUCCAGGUCUAAAACAAAAACCCGCAGACACUCGGCCCUUUGUGGAAUGAAUUUUACAUCCCUGGGAAAGGGUUAGCGAACAUGCUAAAUAGUUGCAAAGUAGCAAGUAGUUGAAAAGUUGCGAAUUAGCUAAAAUGCUGAAGUUGUCCGUGAUGAGAUUCAAAAACAGUUUGCGUUAUAUACGACCAACCACCCUCCUCAUCGUUUUUGCCUUAAGUAACCUGUUUUUUCUAACUAUACCAGACAUAACAUACAUAUGAGUAUCUUGGUGGAUUUUACGUUUACUAAGUACUAUGAGACCAGGCUGCCUACAUGGAGCUCAAUGGUAUUGAGGUCGCUGUCCUUUCAGCAUCAUGAGCCUGUCAUACACAUCAUUUGACGUGUCACUUGUCUUUUUUGGUGAUUGUGUGAUAUUCCGUGUUCAAGUGCUAUUCGAAACUAGGAACCUCUGAAAUUUCCGACUUGCAAACUGGUUGUAGUUACGGUAUACACAUGCCGCGUUCAACGAGUCAGCAAGUCUGAAAUGUACAAGUUUCUUAUCUCAGUGUGAGUGGCAGUCUGAAGUUUGGCUCAGUCGCAGGCCUGUUCAGCACAUUAAGUGAUGCUAUGUUUCUGUUCUUUCUCUUGUUUGAGUUUGGUACAACAUCUUGGAAUAUUUUUUCGCCCAACUGAAGGCCUAGGUUCAAUAUCCACGGUUCGCCACCGCGCAAACAUGUCGAAUAGAUAUAAAGACUGCUCUUACUAUCCUCCCCCGUCUCCCCUUACUAAUAGUGAGCGUGCAACUUUCAAAGAAUCACCCCACUCUUCCCUACCAGCAAAUCAAGAUUUUGACGAGCACGACAAAGUUUGAGCAUAUUUUUAAAUGAAAGUAAAGAACUAAUGUUACGACUAAAGUUGGAUGCCCAAGUUUCAAUAGUCGAUAACAUAUUAAUGUUUCAUGAAAUACGUGUAUAUUCAGUGCAUUCGGAAAGUAUUCAGAGCCCUUCCAUUUUUCCACAUUUUGUUACGUUACAGCCUUAUUCUAAAAUGUAUUAAAUACAUUUAUUCCUCAUAAAUCUACACUUACAAUACCCCAUAAUGACAAAGCGAAAACAGGGUUAGAAAUUUUUGCUAAUAAAAAAUAAAAAACAUACCUUAUUUUGAAAAGGCACAGAAACCUAAGUGUGAAUGUUUAUUUUCGAACACUAUAGUUGUGGCUGCCCAUAAGGGUAUAGAAUCAUAUUGUAUACUGAACAAAAAUAUAAACGCAACAUGUAGUGUUGGUUUCAUGAGCUGAAAAAAAAAAAAGAUCCCAGAAAUGUUCCAUAUGAACAAAAAGCUUAUUUCUCUUAAAUUGUGCAGACAAAUUGGUUUACAUCCCUGUCAGUGAACAUUUCUCAUUUGCCAAGAUAAUCCUUCCACCUUACAGGUGUGGCAUAUCAAGAAGAUGAUUAAACAGCAUGAUCAUUACACAGGUGCACCUUGUGCUCAGGACAAUUAAGGCCACUCUAGAAUGUGCGGUUUUGUCAUAGCACAAUGCCACAGAUGUCUCAAGUUUUGAGGGAGUGGGCAAUUGGCAUGCUGACUGCAAGAAUGUCCACUAGAGCUCUUGUCAGAGAACUGAAUAUUCAUUUCUCUAACAUAAGCCACCUCCAAUGUCGUUUUAGAGAAUUUGGCAGUAUGUCCAACUGGCCUCAUGACAGUAGACCACGUAUAACCACGCCAGCCUAGGACAUCCACAUACGGCUUCUUCACCUGCGGGAUCGUCUGAGACCAACCACUGAUGAAAUUUAUAUCUGUAAUGAAGCCCUUUUGUGGGGGGAAAACUAAUUCUGAUUCGCUGGGCCUGGCUCCCCAGUGGUUGGGCCUAGGUCCAGUCAUGUAAUCCAUAAAUUAGGGCCUAAUGAAUUUAAUGACUGAUUUCCUGAUAUGAACUGUAACUCAGUAAAAUCGUUGAAAUUGU